AUGAUGCCCCGGAUAGCAGCUACCCUGCUACUGCUGCUGCUCAAAUUUGGCCCCUCCCUUGCCGACGUCAUCAGGGCGGACGACGGAAAAUCGGUUACGGUAGAUACGCCUCGAGGACAGGUUACGGGUUUCCACUCCGAUCUCGGCCACGACACUACGGCACUGUUCUAUGGAAACGGAGAUGUGUUUCUGGGGAUACCGUACGCCGAGCCACCGAUCGGGGAAAAGCGUUUCCAGAAGCCCGUUCCGCUGUGCUCCUAUCCACAGAAUCCGUACGACGCGACCGCUUAUAAGCACACCUGCGUCCAGCCCGGUGACUGUGUCAUUAAUGCUACCCAGAGCGAGGAUUGCCUUUAUUUGAACGUAUUUACACCUAAUGCGGCCUCCAUCUAUAAGUACCCAGUGAUGGUGUGGAUCCACGGCGGGUCGAUGACGAGCGGCUGUGCCCAGGAGUUUGACUACAAGGGCGCCAUUCGGAACCUGGUGGAGCGAGGCGUGGUCGUCGUCACACUGCAGUACCGCUUGGGGCUGAUAGGUUUCUUCACAACCUUCACCGAUGAGUUUCCGCCAAAUCGAGGAAUGCUAGAUCAGGUCGAAGCGAUCCGCUGGGUGACGGACAACAUUCAAUACUUUGGCGGGAAUCCGUAUCGUAUCACGCUUUUUGGAGAAUCAGCUGGGGGAGCCUCAGUCUCCGCGCACACCUACUCGCCAUUGAGCCAGAAUCUCUUCCAACAAGCCAUAAUGCAGUCCGGAGUGGCACUGACUUCAUUCGAAGGCUCACUCGGCUUCUCCGGUCUUAGCGAAGAUCGAGCGGCUUCGCUCUGCAACUUCACCGACGACCAGUGGCAGAACAACCAGUGGCAAGGACUGAAAGAUUGCUUGCUGUCGAAAACGAUCGAAGAGAUCAAUACCGUUGAAGUGAGCAACCCGCUGGGCUGGAAAAUCUGCCAGGACAACUACUUCAUGCCGGGCGUGCCCAGAGACUUGGCCUCGGCUCGCCCAAACAUUCCAGUAAUGAUUGGGACGAUGAGGGACGAGUUUGCCGCUUAUUUGCUCACCUUCAUCCGCGUCGGCAUCCUCAAUCCAAGCUUCAUCGGCAAGCUGGCCUUUGAGUUCCUCUUCGACAUGUUCGCCAAUUUCUUGGCCACCCGAGAGGCUGACGUGAUGGCCAUUUUGGAGAGGAUCUACUCUGCGCCCGGGGUCGGCAACUUUGACCACGCCGCCUGGUUCAAGACGUCCAGCGAUGUGUUCACAGCGGCCGGCUUUACCGGUUUCGUAAUCCGGGAAGCGAACAACUAUGUGGCAAAUGGGAACAAACAGGUCUACCUCUACGAGCAAACCUUUGCCCCGAACGUGGCGACGGACUGGGGAAAUAUCACCGAUAUUCUCGAUUAUAAGCCCGUCGGUCACACCGCCGAGCUGGCUUACCUGUGGAUUUUCGAACAAAAGUGGAAGGAUUCGCUGGCCAGGAAUGUGGUGACCCCUUUCGAUUAUCAACUAGCUGAUUGGUAUGGGGAGACAUGGACAACGUUUGCGAAAUAUGGGAUGCCGAUCCUCUCAAACGCUUGGACGCCAGUGAAAACCCGAGACGACAACGACUACUUCCGGAUUGACGAUCCGACGGUUGGCGGGAUGACGAUGCAACAGAAAUACAGAUAUACUGACGAUAUUUCGUGGACCAGGGUGAUCCCCGCCCUGGCCGGAGACUACCCACCGAUAAAACCUGACUACAACAACGGCACGAACCCUUUGCCGACCAGCUCUGCGAUGAGAAGGGAGAGAUUAAUCGUCUGCCCAUCCGACAAUCCGCCCAUUAGCGGGAAUUGCCCGAAUCCUUCCGUCGUUCCACCACUUACAGACCUAUUCCAUUCCUGCACCCUACGAAGCCAUCCGAUUGAAUGUUGCGAGUACUUCUCGCCCACAUACACGAUUCGACGCGGGCGCUGCUUCCGGUUAAAGGAGCAGCUCGUACAGACAACCUUCGACGAGCAAGGAAAGCUCACAAUACGGCUCAAUAAUCAUAUCGAUUAUGCGCGGGAGGAAGAUGGGCAGAAUUUGCUCGCAUUCAUUGGCGACGAGAAGCCGGAAAUCGCACCAUUCCCCCGGUUCUAUUUAUAUGAGAACACGUCGAUGCGAUUGCAGAUCAAAGCCACGCACAUGAAUCUGGUUGAAGAGGGAGAUUCGGUAUGCACCGAAGCGUACAGUAGCCUGGGGAAAUCGACGUGCUAUCUGAAUAAUUGGCUUCAAUUCUACUUGGAGGAUGUUUAUAAUUGUACAUAUCCGUAUAUGGAUUUAUUAAGGCGGACUGGAUUGGGGAGCUGCAACCCAACCACCGUAAUGGACAAUUACAUGGCUACGGUACAGAACGUACACUAUCAUAAGCAUCAGUGCAUUCUACCCUGCAACCGUUGGGAGUACACGGCUGCAAUGGAGAGAGUGUCGGUCCGGAACGCGGUCUCCCCAUUCCGAAUCGACAUCUUCUACAAUGACCUUCAGUAUGAGGAAUUUUCCGGGGUGUACACGACAACGUUAAUGGGAUUGUUGGCGCAAAUUGGAGGGCAGCUCUCCCUCUUCCUUGGUUCCUCCAUACUAUCUCUCGUCCAGUUAUCAAUUCUUCUCGUCGUCAUCGGCAACCGGGUCGUUAAGCAUCGAAAGAUGAACGUGAAUAUCCCGGCCCCACGUCCAGAGCCUCCACAUAUCGAUACGUCGGUG